AUGGCUGGUAUAAAUCGCAAAUUUGUCGACCCUCUUCCCUUCCAGGCACAAACCAACACACUCUCAGAAUCCAUCCCCGAAGAACGCUGGAAGCAUCUCCCGCCAUACGAGGUGAAAUCCGGGGAACAAUUCGGCCCAAUCGAAUGGCGUGGAAAGUGUUUCUGUGGAAAGAUCACCUAUCUCUUGAAGCGAGAGAAACCACUCAAUGCCAAAUAUUGCCAUUGUCGUGUGUGUCGGGUUACCCACGCAGCUCCUGUUCAGUGGUCGGCUAUUUUCCACAAGCAUGACAUAUUAUUCACCAAUGGUGCGAGCGGUCUGGCAUUUUAUUCUACUACACAUCGAAAUCAGAAACACGUGUUGCCUACCAAGGUGUCCUGUGCCAAUUGUCGGACACCUAUCAUGGAUGAAGGCCGGAAUAUGUGUCUGAUCUUCCCUCAAUUGAUUCAGAUCGAGGGCUCUAGCCAGGAGCAAAGAGAGAAGAGGGAGGUUUUUAACCCAACAUGUCAUAUCUUUUAUAACUCCCGCAUGUCAGAUUGUCCCGAUGGUCUCCCCAAGUGGAGUGGAAAGGAGAAUUCUAGUGUCCCAAUGGAUGACGACGGUAUUCCAAUCGGAGUCGAGAAAUGA